CUUACAAUCGCAAAGAAACCUCACCAAAACAAAUCCCCCAAGGCCCAAACCUUUUUCUUCUUCAUCACUUCCAUUGGAUUAAUAUUAACAGUACAUAUUUCUACUUCAUCCUGCUGCAUUAUUUUCCGAGUCUUUCUCUUUGUAUUUGCCUUUGGGGUUCUGUCCCACUUCUCUGACUCUUCCCCAAGCAUUAAUCACCAAACUCUCCCUCUCUUUCACUUCACUCCCUCUCCCUCAAAAUCCCAAACCCAAAUUCUCACAAUCUUCAAAAAUCUCAUCUUGGGUUUUUGUCAAGACUGUUUCUUUGAGCACCAUGGAUUCUCCCAUCUAUGGUGUCUCUUCCUCCAAGAUCUUCCUUUUCUUCUUCUUCUCCUUUGUUUCGUUUGUCAUUGCUGCAUUGCCUCAAAACCACCCAUCUGGGAAAUUCCUUGUUUCAUCAGCUUCCGGUCAGAUCAACUCAAACUCGGUCCUUGUUGCUCUCCUUGAUUCACAUUACACUGAGUUAGCCGAACUCGUUGAGAAAGCUUUACUUCUCCAGACUCUUGAAGAAGCGGUUGGCAAACACAAUAUUACCAUUUUUGCCCCUCGUAAUGAAGCCUUGGAGCGGCAACUAGACCCGGAAUUCAAACGGUUCUUACUUGAACCCGGAAACCUUAAGUCCCUCCAAACCCUUCUCAUGUUUCACAUUAUUCCCAAACGAGUCGGAUCCCACCAAUGGCCCGAUCCUAAAACCGGAACAGUCAAACACAGCACCCUGUGUAACGACCAUCUACACUUAACUUCCACAUCCAACGGCGAGAAAACUGUAGACUCAGCCCAGUUGAUUCGACCCGACGAUGUAAUACGACCCGACGGAGUGAUCCACGGGAUCCAGCAGCUCCUCAUUCCUCGUUCCGUCAUAGAAGACUUCAACAAGAGACGUAAUCUGCGGUCAAUCUCCGCCGUAUUACCAGAGGGUGCGCCAGAAGUGGAUCCUCGCACCCACAGGUUGAAGAAGCCAGUGCCGGUGCCAGUUGGAGCACCACCGGUGCUCCCAAUCUACGACGCGAUGGCUCCAGGUCCUUCCCUGGCACCGGCGCCGGCUCCGGGACCUGGCGGACCUCAUCAUCAUUUUGAUGGUGAGAGUCAAGUCAAGGAUUUUAUCCAAACUUUAUUACAUUACGGUGGGUAUAACGAAAUGGCUGAUAUUCUAGUUAACUUGACUUCUUUAGCAACGGAAAUGGGGAGGCUUGUUUCCGAAGGAUAUGUUAUAACGGUCUUGGCUCCGAAUGAUGAGGCCAUGGCGAAGCUUACAACUGAUCAGUUAAGUGAGCCAGGUGCGCCCGAACAAAUUAUCUAUUACCAUAUUAUCCCUGAGUAUCAGACUGAGGAAAGUAUGUACAAUGCGGUUAGGAGGUUCGGGAAAGUGAGAUACGAUACGCUGCGUUUACCGCAUAAGGUCGUGGCUCAGGAGGCUGAUGGUUCGGUGAAGUUUGGUCAUGGUGAGGGUUCGGCUUAUUUGUUUGAUCCGGAUAUUUAUACGGACGGGAGGAUUUCGGUUCAGGGAAUUGAUGAUGUUUUGUUCCCGGAAGAAGAGAGUGAGACUGUUAAGAAACCAGCUGCUGUUAAGGUUGCUUCCAAGCCAAGGAGAGGGAAGUUGUUGGAAGUAGGAUGUUGGAUGCUUGGUACACUUGGACAGGAUUUGCGAUUUCGAUCAUGUCAAUGAAUGAAUAAUAUAAAAGUUAUAGUUUCAAGAAGAAAAAAGGAAAGGAAACGAAGCAAAACAACUGAAACAAAGGUGAACGAUGCUUUCUCCGAGUAAAGAUGCUUUUGCCAUUUGCAGUUGUAGAGUUAGAUUUUGUGUCAUAAUACACUGAAAGGGAAGCGCCCCUGGUGAUGCUUGAUAUAUCCUCAAAAAAAAUCCCCAUAGAAGAGAGAGUUUGGUGUUAUUUUGUCAUAAAUAUUGUAAUUACAUACCAUUUUUAUUAUUUUUGUGUAUGAUUCACUGCCUUUUAAUAAUGCAUAAUGCAUGAACAACCUUGGAAAAACCAAUCUUUUCAUCAUAUCAAGGGUUCUGUUCUUUUUUUUGACCUGUUUGUGCAUUCUUUGCCUGUGAAUCAAAUUCAAAGCUUUGCCUCCUAUUCUUCUUUUAAUUACUUUCCCAUGCCUGGUGGUAGUUGAAUGGUUAAAAACAAUAAUAAUGGCAUUGAGGCGACAUAGCUAGCUGGCUGGUCUUUCUCAUUGGUUGGUAUUCCUUUUGUCCUUAUGCAAUUAAAAGGAGCAUCGUAUAAUCACCAAUUAUUUUGAUCAAUGUAAUUUCAAGGGAAUCCUUUGGAACUUUAGGCAAAUUUCAUUUUUCAACUAGUCUUCCAGGUAGAUUUCUAGCUUAUUAGGCUUUCUCGUAUGCCUUUUCCUGCACAAAUAAUUUGCUUGAGAUUAAGACAGCCUGUAGGCAUGGACCCCAGACACCAGCUCACACCACGACCUAGACUGGUUGGAAGCAUGCUGAGACAAUGGCAUAUAAAGAUGUUGUACCUUAUUUUUCCUAAUAAAUAAUGUAACAGCUGCCAAUGGUAAGAUAAUCAAUCUCAUCUCAACAAUAUUCAUAUAUAUAAAAAGCAAUUUUUUCUCGUCUCAUCAAUUUUAUUCCAAAAUAAAAUCAUCAGCUCUAACUGUUGAAGUGUCUCUUCGAGAAUAUAAUAAUUAUAUUCUAAUUUUCAUAACAAUAAGGACUACAUUACAUAUACAAUAUAAUAGUAGAUAAGUUAAACAAAUACUAAAAACUAGUAUAAGUUAUGAAGGUAAUGGACAAAACGGUAACAACCCAGAUUUGUUGAGAUCGAAUUUUCAA